AUGGCAGGAGACGCAGAAGACCGCGCCGCGCUCGUCAACCGACAGCUCCCAGAGAUGACCUUGUCGACAGCAGACAACCCUCUCACAGCACCUAAGCCACCACCAGAGAACCUUUCCACCGCAGAGAGAGCGCAGUAUAGGUUCCAGGUCAAGGGCAACGCGAUCAUCACCGGUGGCGCCGGCACCCUCGCCCUCGAAGCCGCAGCCGCCCUCCUCGAACACGGCGCCACCGGACUCGCCCUCUGGGACAUGAACCCCGACCAAGCCUUCGAAAGCGUCAAGAAACUGCACUCCCAGUUCCCUCACGCACGCAUCAUAACCGAAGCCGUCGACGUCCGCGACGAGAACGCCAUUGCUUCAGCCGUAGAAAGUAGCGUAAAAGUGCUGGGCAGCAUAGACAUGCUCUGCUGUUUCGCCGGCGUCGUAGGCUGCACACACGCGAUUGAGAUGGCGGCGGAUGAGUGGCGGCGCACCCAUGAUAUCAAUCUUACGGGGUCGUUCUUGUGCGCACAGGCUGUUGCGAAGCAAUUCCGUGCGCAAGGCACGGGGGGUAGUGUUACGUUUACGGCGAGUAUAUCUGCGCAUCACACGAAUUACCCUCAGCCGCAAUGCGCGUAUAACUCGUCCAAGACGGCGCUGUUGUCGCUGGCGAAGAGUCUGGCGGCAGAGUGGAGUAGCUAUGGUAUUAGGGUUAAUUGUCUGAGCCCGGGGUAUAUGGACACGAUACUGAAUGAUGGGGAUGGAUUGAUUAGGGCAAGGAAGAGUUGGAAUGAUAGGAAUCCGAUGGGGAGGAUGGGACAUCCGUGGGAGCUUACGGGGCCGUUGGUCUUACUGUGUAGUAAUGCGGGGAGGUAUAUUAAUGGGACGGAUAUCAUUGUUGAUGGUGGGGCUAUGGUGUUUUAA